UCUGCUGAUGGAUCACGGACUGUGAUCGGAAACAUUGAUGAAAAAAAUCACACACAAUCUUUUCCAAAAGAAACUGAUUUCUAUCUCAUAGAUUGUAGAAAAUAUCUGUUAAUAAACCAACAUAGUUUUAAGGGGCUUUAAACUUGAUUAUCUCUUUCUCAAGCCAUAUUCUUUGUAAACGUGUCGCGUAACAUAAAUGAUAAACAAUGAUUUGAUUUUCAAAGUUCGUGACAAAAAUAAGAGAGAAUGGAUAUUGCGGAAGAACAAGCAACGAAAAUAUUGAUUGCAGUGAGCAGAUCAUCAGUGAAGGGAUAUCCGCAUGCAUCUCUGAGCAGUAUCAAUGCUUUCCACUGGACUCUCGACAAACUUGUAAAGACCUCGUGCAGCCACCUCUUCAAACUCUAUAUUCUUCAUGUGCAAGUUCCAGACGAGGAUGGAUUUGAUGAUAUGGACAGCAUUUAUGCCUCACCAGAUGAUUUCAAGGACGUCAAUGACAGGGAUAGAAUAAGAGGAAUUCAUUUGUUGGAAUAUUUUGUCAAGCAUUGCAAUGAAAUCGGGGUUCCCUGUGAAGCACGGGUUAAGAAAGGAGAUGCAAAGGAAGUUAUCUGCCGAGAAGUGCAAAACUUACAUCCAGACAUCUUGGUUGUUGGAAGUCGUGGUCUUGGACCUGUACAGAGGAAAGCAAGUAUUGGAUAUACUGAAUAAUCUUUCUGAAUCUACAAUGUGUUGAUGUGGAGGACGACUUCAGAACUGAGUGAUUUUGAAGUUCUAAAGUGAAAAAUAGAAAUGCAGGAAACUUAUCUAACCCAAAAGAUUCACACAUGCUUAAGCAAAGCAGAAAGCAUAAUAUGCUCUUCCAUACAAACUACCUAGAUUACAACAAACAUGGGAUCAGAGGCUGAGAAACCUCAUAUGCCUUAGCUCUCAGCAAGAAAGCAGUUCUAAUAUUGUAUGCUAUGAAUUUGGGUGAACUCUUAAGAGUAUCCAUGAGCAUGUAGAUUACAUGCAUUUGUACAAUCACAUCCAGCAUUAGUCAUAAAAAUCGUUCAUCCUUUGUAAUUGAAAUGGAUGAUCUUUGGCAGUUUCAAGUUAUGAUUCAUGAGCAUGUAUUUUGGUUUUGCUCUGCAUGGAUGUGCACUACUUGAUGAAACAUGCAUGCCAUUGGAAGGCAUGUGUACAACUGAAAUAUAAUCUUCUUCUUAUAUUUAAUGUCUAUGAUUUCUUUGUUGUAAUUUGUUUC